AUAAAGCAACCAAUAAUUCAACCCACUUUCUGAUCUAUAUCAAAACUAUAAUUCUACAAUUUUCCUUGUCUCUCUCAGAUUUCUCCACCAAUAAUGGAUUCAAGCAGCACUGAAAUCUCCCAUGAUUUUCCUCCCUUCUUCAAAGUUUACAAAGAUGGUCGAGUUGAGCGUUACCAGAUCCUGGACGGUGGCGCCAAGCAUAUUCCCACCGGCCUGGAUCCGACACCAGGGGUCCAGUCCAAAGAUGUCGUGGUCUCGUCUGACACCGGCGUGAAGGCCCGUAUCUUUCUCCCGAAAAUCGACGGCCCAGGCAAAAAAUUUCCACUUCUGGUUCAUUACCAUGGUGGUGGCUUCUGCCUGGGGUCACCCUUUGAUUCAAUCUCUCAAAAUUUUCUCACUUAUUUAGUGACCCAUGCCAUUGUCAUAGCCAUUUCUAUUGACUAUAGACUAGCUCCUGAGCACCCUUUACCAAUAGCAUAUGAUGACUCAUUGGCCGGGCUGCAGUGGAUUGCAACCCACUCCAAUGGGUCGGGACCGGAACCGUGGUUGAACGAGUAUGCUGAUCUUGGGCGGGUUUUUUUGGUGGGUGAGAGUGCUGGAGCCAAUAUAGCGCAUUACGUGGCGGUCCAAGCCGGCACAAUUGGAUUGGAGGGAUUGAAAAUAAAUGGGGUACUCAUAGUGCAUCCAUUCUUUGGAGGUAAAGAAGUUGAUAAGAUGUAUAAGUAUUUGUGUCCAAGUAGUAGCGGGUGUGACGAUGACCCGAAAUUGAACCCAGGAGCAGAUCCAAACUUGAAGAACAUGGCCUGUGAUAGGGUGUUGGUGUGUGUGGCGGGCAAAGAUUGGCUUAGAAACAGAGGUGAAGCUUACUAUGAGACUUUGGCAAAAAGUGAAUGGGUUGGGAAAGUUGAAUUUUAUGAAAGUUCAGAUGAAGAUCAUUGCUUUCAUCUGUUCAAUCUCAACAGUGAGAAGGCUGUACCAUUGAUGAAGAAAAUGGUUGAUUUCAUCACUCAAGAGUAGGCUAAAGUUGGGUUUGUUUUUGUUUUGUUUUUCACUUCUUGUACGAUUGUAUCAUGUCAGAAGGCUGUACCGUGGCAAUAAUUCAUCUACCAUUCCAAGUUCCAACUAGAAAAGUAGAUUGAUU